AUGAUUGUGUUAGUUUUUAUGUCUGUAUUGUUUUAUCACACUACCAGUUAUAAAUAUUUUGAUAAUUCUCCUUAUUAUGAAGGGCUUAGACAAACCGAUGAACUAUAUUUAAAUGAAUCUUUUUUUCCAGCAUUAAGAGGUUAUCAUGUAAAUGCUAAAGUGAUAACUGAAUUUGGUUAUCCGUGGAUAGCGCGUGUAAUUCACUCGAAGGAGAAUAAUGUGCCGUAUUUAUGUACCGCCUCCUGUAUAGAUAAAAUGAUAUUUAUAACAGCGGCCAGAUGUGUUUAUCUCCUCAAAAUAACUUACACAUCGAUUAUAUAUCAAAAUCAAAGAUUAAAACCAAAAGCAUUCAUAUUACCAUCAAAUCCAACUAAACAGUUUUAUGAUGAUAUCGGAUUUAUUAUAGUACACGAUGACUUGAUUGGAACUUGGGAGACAAUCGAUGUUUAUAGUGAAAAACGCACCGAUAAUGCUUUUAAAUGGUUAGAAGAUAUGGAAUUCGAAGAAUACGAACAUAGAAUUGUUGGAUACACUAGUGCAAAGAAAUCCAAAUCAGUUUCAGUUUGGCAUAAAAAAUAUGAGCUAACCGAAUUAGAUGUGGUAGCAAACAUACAAAUAUGCUCUGAUAUAUUGCCAUUUGACAAUUUAAUAGUCGGUUUUGAGGUCCCUUGUUACCAUUCUUGUUCAUCAAUUAAAUUUAUUGAAAAAGAUGAGCUCUGUAAAAAUUAUCAUGGAGUGGAAGGUGGGGCAUUACUUAAUUUGAAAAGCAAACAAUUAUUUGGUAUUGCCACUUGGGGCGCUUACUACACCAAAUAUGAAUUACCUGUAGGCUUUGCUGUUCCUAAUUCUGAUAAUUAUUUUGAAGACUUAACUUGUGCUAAGAAGAUACGAGAUAAUAACAAAACAUCUGUGUCUGAAGGAUUUUAUCAAAGUUUAUGUAAC